CAACUGGUGAACAUGGCCCGAGGCUUCAUCUACGAGGAGAACUAUGGCAUAGACAGCACAGCAGUCAAGGACCUUCUGAAGCAUGAUUCAUGGGUACCAACCUCUAACACGUUUUCGGACUGCCUUAGUUCAUUUGAUUUCAAUAUGUUCAUUGUGCUCGUGGUUGAUCUGCUGCAUGAGUUUGAGCUUGGCAUGUGGCAUAUGCUUUUGAUUUAUUUAUUAAGGAUUCUUUGUGCCUUCAACAAGGAGCUGAUUCAUGAGCUCAAU